AUGGAUAAAAUCCUGGAAGCGAUCCUGGCCUCUUCCUACCCCGAUCACAUGAAGCAAGGCCUGGUGAGGCGCAUCAUCGAGGCUCUGAAGAGGACCAUGGACACCGAACAGUGUUGGUCAAUGCUGGAGCUUUCCACCAAGCUCUUCCUCUUGGGGGACACCAAAUUCAAGAGGUCCGUUGGCAAGGAGAUCCUGGAAGUCUGUGGGCUUUACCACCAAGAGGCCUUCGAGGAAUUCUUCAAUGCCCAGUUCCUCUUAAGUCUUCUCCAGGAAGGCUAUGGACCUCUGGGGAAGAGGAGUCUCUACGUGUUUGACUACAUACACCUGGGACUGCCCUUCGUGAUGGACGGCCCGUCGGCCAACGACGUCUUCAGCCUACUGAGGACCGAAGUCCUGCGGAAGAUCUGCGAGCGGCCGGGCCUGAAGCAAUGUGUGAAGAUCAGCAAGCUCUUAAUCCAGUACCCUCUCUGCGUCCCCACCGGCAAACGCCAGGUCCUCUUCUGCCAGCAGCUUGUCCGAUGCGUCGGGCAGUUCCACACCACCUCGGGCAGGGAAGAGGCCAUUAUUGAGUUCUUGGACCAGGUGAUCCAAGUCAGCCUUUUGCUGCAGAAGAUCUGGAAGACUCAGGUGGCCUCCAUCCUUCCCUCCCUGAAGGAGCUCUUCGCCAUCAUUUCAACCAUCGACGAUCACGAUCCCUCUAUUGCCUUAGCCAGUGUGGUCCAGUACGUUCCUCUAGAGUUGAUGGACGGCAUCCUAAGAAACCUUACCAAUGAUGACAGCAUCACCGACCUUCAGAUGUUGACUGCGAUUGGAAGGAUGAUCGAAUGGGUCUCGUGGCCCCUGGGGAACAGCUUGGACAAAUGGAUCAUAGCCUUGCUGAAGAAUCUGGCGGCGGUGAAGAAAUUCAGCAUCUUGAUGGAAGUCACGCUUUCCAAAAUUGAACGGGUUUUUUCCAAGCUACUCUACCCUAUUCUGAGAGAGGGGGCUCUCUCCAUUCUGCGAUACAUGUUGCUGAGUUUCCAGCACUCUCACGAAGCAUUUCACCUGCUCCUGCCCCAUAUUCCCAGAGUGAUCGCUGCCCUCCAGAAGGAGAACUCCAAUUCGGCGUCACACUGUUUGAAUCAGCUGGCCGAACUGAUCUACUGCAUGUUCUUCUGUUUCUCCGGAUUCCCAGAUCUCUACGAGCCUCUGGUGGAAGCGAUAAAAGCGCUCCCAAUCCCUAACGAAGACCGCAUAAAGCACCUGCUGGGGCAGAAUGCUUGGACCUCCCAGAAAAACGAGUUGGCCAACCUCUAUCCUCGCUUGGCCUCCAAAUCGGAAACCGGGAAGAUCGGGUUAAUUAACCUGGGGAAUACUUGCUACAUGAACAGCAUCCUGCAAGCUCUCUUCAUGGCCUCAGAUUUCAGGCGGACGGUGCUGAAUUUAGCCGAGAACACCUCCCAGCCGCUGAUGGCAAAACUACAAUGGCUCUUUGCUUUUUUAGAACACAGCCAGAGGCCUGCGAUUUCUCCCGAAAACUUCUUUUUGGCUUCGUGGCCUCCCUGGUUCACCCGCGGAGCCCAACAGGAUUGCUCUGAAUAUCUGAAGUACCUGCUCGAUCGUCUUCAUGAGGAAGAGAGAACGGGUAGAAGGAUCUGUCAGAAGCUGAAGGCAUGUUCCUUGGUGUCUCCUGUGGACAGACAUCCGUCCGCCAGCAAAACCCUGGUGGAAGAAAUGUUCGGCGGCAAAAUUAAAACCAAGAUCCGUUGUCUGAAGUGCCUACAGGUCUCCUCCAGAGAAGAAGCCUUCACAGAUCUCUCCUUGGCAUUUCCCCCUGCGGAGGACCACCAGGUUGGACUUAUCAGCAGUGCGUUAAUUGGGUCUGGAGAAGAAACCGCUCCUGAGAUCUCUCAGUCAAGGAUCCAGACUCAAAGCAAGCUAAAGGAUUUGCCAGCUAGGUCAGGGAUCUUGAGGGCCCCUGAGGAGAAUCCUUCUAAGCAUGCACUGAAGGAAGUAGUCGGCUCAAACUUUGAAGAGACCUCUCUCCCCUUGGCGCCUGAAAGAGACGUCGUUGAUGUGAAACCCCUCAAAGAAUCUGACCUGGCUUUACACAAGGAAGCUUCUGGUUGUCGGGCCUCCAGAUCCGUUCCAGAUUUGAUAAAUUAUUUCUUAUCACCUGAGAUGCUCACCGCCGAGAACAGGUACCACUGUGAGAACUGUGCCUCCCUUCAAGAUGCCGAGAAGCUGACCGAGCUGACGGAGGGACCUCACUACCUCAUCCUCACCCUGUUGAGGUUCUCCUUCGACCUAGGAACGAUGAAAAGGAAGAAGAUCCUUGACAACGUCUCGGUUCCAUUGAUGCUGAAGCUGCCCGUCCUGGACUUUGCUUCGGUGGUGUACGAUCUCUGUAGCGUGGUAGUCCAUUCUGGGGUGUCCUCAGAAAGCGGCCAUUACUACUGCUAUGCCAGGGAAUGCAAGGAUGCGGCCACGGAGAGCCUUUUUAAGGACAACGCUUGGAACAUGGCAAAGUCUACGGAUGUCGAGAUCCAGUGGUACAUCUUUAACGACACCAGGGUCUUCUUCUCGUCAUUUGAAUCUGUGAGCAACGUCACCUCCUUCCUGCCGAAAGACACGGCUUAUCUGCUAUUCUACCGACAGAGAGCAAGGCAGGCCUCGCACGGAGCCGGUCCGGAGCCCAGCUGGACAAACGGAAACUUACAUUCUCCGGAUAAAAACUUGAUGGACACCAUCGCCAAAGAUAACAUCUUAUUCUUGCAGGAACAAGAAAAGCAAGCCAGAAAUAGAAAGGCUUACAUUUCAGCUUUGCCUAAAUCUUCCGUUUGGUGGAAAGAUCUUGACAGAGAUGACCAUGACGAUGAUGAAGGAGCUUCAGGGGGUUGCGGCCAUGAUCCCGGUGGAGGUGGAUCGGGGUCCUUUCACGGGCUGGUCUUUUAG